CAAGACGCAUUCUUUUUUGCAAGUCACUGCGAGGCCCAAACCGGCUUAUUUUCCGGCCUCUCUGUCACCCCGUGAGGUUUCAUUCAGGGGCCAGACAUGGUUUGUGUGCGAGCUGCACAGCGGAUACAGCAGGAAGUUGGCUGAGGAGUCGAGCCGGACUCUAACCUUGGCUUCCUGGCGGCAGCGGGUGAUGUAACCGCAAGUAACUCAGCCUGCUGGCGCGCUAUUGGCUAACUGCGUGACAGAGACACGAUGGUGACGUCCUUUUCUCCACUCGUCCUAUUGGCUUUCGGAGUUAUAGUCUAUUCGCUAUUGGCUGUCGUUGAUGGGCUCAGUACUUCCUGCCUUCUGAUUGGCUGAUGCCGUUGGCUUUCAGUGUUGCCGGAUGAUGCGGAAGUGAGAGUCUGGAGCUUGGAGACCCACGGGCGGUACUGACACGAGGAGAGCGUAAGAGAAGCGGGUGUGUACCGGGGGGAUAGGGUGCGCCUUCUACGGAGUCCUCCUGUGACUGUGAGGGACCCCGUGAGGUAAAGAUUGUGUGUUUUUGGGGGUCCCUGCUUCUUCGGGGCUCCCAGACAUGCUGUCUCUGAAGAAGUAUCUCACUGAGGGUCUGAUUCAGUUCACCAUUCUGCUAAGCCUGAUGGGUGUACGUUUGGACCUGGAUUCUUACCUGCCUUCCCAUCUGCCCCCUUUGCAUGAGAUUAUUCUAGGACCUACCUCGGCCUACACCCAGACCCAGUUCCACAGCCUGAGAGGCACUUCCGAUGGCUAUGGGGUACAUCCCAAAAGUGUCGAUCUGGACCAGUUCUUCACAUCCAGGAGACUGCUGGGCUGUGUGCGAGCCCUCGACCGCCUGACCGUGCCCAGCACAGAAGUCGAUGCGUGGCUAGUGCACAGGGAAACUGAGGGAUCUGUGUCUCAGACUGGUUCCAGUCGUCCCUCAGACAGCCCACAGGAUCUCACCAGCUCUGGAUCAGAACCAAAUCGUGACGGGCAAGGACUAGAGGAACUGGGGGCAACUGCUCAGCCUGGAAGUUCAGAUUUGAGCAAGGAGGAUAUUGACCUGAUUGAUAUAUUGUGGCGCCAGGAUAUUGACUUGGGUGUCGGCCGUGAAGAUUUUGAGAAUCGGCAACAGCAGAAUGAAAACGAGGAGGUGUGGGAGCCCUUAAGAGAUGGCGCAGAGCCCCUGGAGGCUGCCGUGCAGGUGGAUGGAGAGACCGGGGAGAGUAUACGUCAGGAUCAGACUGAUCUCUCCUUGGAGGAAUGUCUGAGUCUCCUGGAUGUAACUUUUCCUUUUGGUGACUCUCCUGAGUUUCCUGCAUCUGACACCUCUGCUCUUGUGGAUGCUGAGCAAUGCCCUGUGGUGUCUAACAGAACAGACCUCCUAUUGUCCCCUUUACUAGCAGACAUGAGUGGCACUUUGGAUCUGGAGCAACAAUGGCAGGACCUAAUGUCUCUCGUGGAUAUGCAGGCAAUGGAAGUGGAUAGCUCCGCUGAGGAUCCCUUGUAUCUGAGUUUGGAUCCACCACUUCAGCAGGAUGUGAAUCUGGAUCAGGCUUCUCUCUCAGGCUGCUCUCACAAUACGUCUUCCCUUUUCACUCCCACCCUAGAGCCUUUCUCCACUCCUGAGUCCCCCGUGCCACAACUCUCUUCCCACAAUUCCACUGACCUAAACUCAACUUUUGGCUUUACUAAUCUGACUGGACUCCUCUUCCCGUCACAGCUGAACAAUACAGGAAACAUCACAUCCCCUACCACCAUGCCGGACACUCUUUCUGGGCUUCUGGAUGAAGCUCUGCUGGAUGAAAUCAGCUUGAUGGAGCUAGCCCUUGAAGAAGGUUUCAGUCAGGUUCAGGCUUCACAGCUCCAGGAAGAACUGGAUUCAGAUUCUGGCCUGUCCCUGGAUUCUCAUCACAGCCCUUUGUCUCCAAGUGGAUCUGAAUCUUCCACCUCUUCCUCCUGCUCAUCAUCCUCUUCAUCCUCUUCAUUCUCUGAAGAGGGAGCAGUGGGUUACAGCUCUGAUUCUGAAAUGAUUGAGCUAGAGGAGUCUGAAGGAGCCAGUGGUUAUCAACCACAAUACAGCAAGUUCUGUCGGAUGAGCUCCCAGGAUCCCAGUCGAUUCAGACACCUGCCUUUCCUGGAGCAUGUUGGGCACAAUCACACAUACAAUAUGGCUCCCGAGGAGCCAGAGGAAAUGCAGCCAAUAGUGGAGAAGAACAGCCGGAGACAGGCAGGUUUUCUAGACCGACAGGCUGGUCGUGAUGAACAGAGGGCCAAGGCUAUGAAGAUUCCAUUCACUAAUGACAAGAUCAUUAACCUGCCUGUGGAGGAGUUUAACGACUUGCUUGCCAAGUACCAGUUAAGCGAGGCACAGCUUUGUUUGAUAAGGGACAUUCGCAGGAGAGGCAAGAACAAAAUGGCAGCUCAAAACUGCCGCAAGAGAAAGUUGGAUACAAUUUUGAACCUGGAGCAAGAAGUGAAACACCUUAAUCGUGAACGGAACUCGCAGCUUCGUGAGAAAGGAGAAAACUUGAGAUCCUUGCAGAGAAUGAAACAGGAAGUAGAGCAUCUGUAUCAGGAAGUGUUUAGCCAAUUGAGAGACCAGAAUGGCCGUCCAUAUUCUCCCCAGCAAUAUGCCUUGCACUACACAAGCAACGGCAGCGUAAUACUCACUCCUCGCAAUGCUGACGGGCAACAGGGCCGCAGGGCUGAGAGGAAGGAUCGGAGGAAGUGAGGGGGUCUGUAUUUGACUUUAGGAAAAUUACAGGACAGGGGGUGUGGGCUGUGCUUUCAUUCAGGCCUCUAUCAAACCUUUCACACAAGAUUGACCCCGGUGAGUGACCAAGAAGAGGUCUCCUAAGUCAAUAUAUCAAGGGCUGUGUAGCCCAUCUGACCAGAAAUGAGAAGGAGGCCUGUCCGGCCCAGGAAUUGCAAAGCUUACGAAACCGACAAAGGGAGGGUUAUAAAAAAAAAAAAAAGUAGUUUUCUUUUUUUAUUCUUGAUCCUAAAACUUGUCUGAAAUGUAGUCAGCUGUGCGUCAGGGACUGAAGUGUCAUGUUGCAUGAGAAGGAGCAGGUGGUACCCCAUAGAGUCACUGAGCAGAGACCUGGGGUACGGUGCCCUGGAUGGGUCAGUGUUACUGUACAGAGAUCCUGAGGAGCAGGUGGGCAGUAGGGUUUUAUAUGCUGCCAGUUAUAAGGAACAUACCGGAUGCUUUGUCCUGCAGGGCAUAGUGUUCUCUCACUAUUAGUGCUGAGAGAUCUACCAGAAGAACACCAGUGUAAGUUAAAUGCAAUUGAGAGGGGACGGUUUUUUGGGGGGGGAGUUGGUGUCCAUGGAUCCUCCAUAUUUGUCUAAAGUGAGUAAAAGGGUCAUUUACUUCCUCAUAAAAGUUCCCCAACAUCAUCCAGUGUUUUUUGGCCACGUCCUUCAACUGCCCGGCACAGUGUAACAGCCCACCAACAACAACAACGUGUUGCUCAAGGCUUUGUGUCUUCACGAGAUCCCGUGUAGUAGAAAAGAUGGUGUGUUGUACUAUAAAUGCUAGUAGCAGGAAGUGUAUUUAUUGAAGAAACAACAGUAUUGAUUAAAUGAAUCCUUCCCCACCACAUUUGAUAGAGUAGAAGAAAUCUGUUAAGAUUUGGAGCCGUCCAUCUCCGUGUCAGUCCUUGAGAUAUACCAGUAUAGGCCCAAGAUUUUGCUUUAGUGUUAUAAGAAUCUACAGCUGUAACAAAGUCAGAACUGCUUUCUGGCAGAAGAAGCUUUAAUAUUUGGGUUUAGACAUUGCUGGGGAGGUUGUUUGAUAGAGUAUGUUGGAAUAUGUGUGUCUCUUCUCUGCCCCCUUGAGUGUAAAUAUCAUUUGAGUGACUAAAAUGUCUCAUAUUGAGGCUAAAGUCCCUAUAGAAUAACUGGCUUGGGUGCUGAACGUAAGGUUUAAAGGGGAAGUGUACCCUCCUCUUAACAUUAGGGCUGGUGAUAAACGCACGUUUUGCCUGUUGUUUCAAUUAAGAUAUGUGUUGGGCUUUUUCUUAUUUCAAUAAAAAGAAAACACUUCUACUUUUUGGUUGAGGAGGAGCAGAUUGUAAAACAACUUAACUGUCCCAGACAUCCCUUAUCUCAAAGCUUGGCAAAUCCCACAGUUUAGGGAAGGAGGCAACUUUGGGCACCUUUGGAAAACGAAGUGCUGCGAGUGGCAUCCCGCUGGCGAUUUUUCAUUCUAGCCGGUGGGAAGGCAGGUCGGGUAGAUUAGUUGCCACAAUGAAGAGAUUUGUUGCUGGGGCGACUAAUCUGCCUGUGUGCCCUUACCCUUAAAGUGAGCUAUUAUCACCAAUUAAACAUUAGGGGGGGGGGGGGUUAAAAGGAGCGAAUGUUCUGUUGUCAUAGCAACCCAUGUAAAAUUGGCUGAUGGCAAAUAUUGCUCUGCCAUUGUUCCAGCGAGGCCCAAUUACUGACAUGGAGAACGACUGGCUUUGAGGUUUUGCUGUUUUAUUGUUUCUUUUCUUCUUCUGAGUGAUGGAAAUAUGCACGUUCCAUAAGUGUCAUCCCGGAACUUGUUCAGCAUUGUUAUAAGAUUUGAUCUUUGUCCCCAAAACAAGAAAUUAAAGCAAACGUUUUUGAGGAAUAAACAGAUUAUAAAAUA